UUCUCGUUACGGGGGUUUUGGGCUCUGAAGUAAUAUCUUUAGAUAGUUCUAAUUUUAAUCAAAUAGUUUCUAAAGGAAAUUGGUUUGUUGAUUUUUUUGCACCAUGGUGCCCUCAUUGUCAGGUUCUAGAGCCAAUAUGGACAAAAUUGGCUGCAGAACAUGGUGAUUUUCUUAAAUCAAAAGAUUUUCACUUGGCCAAAGUAGACUGUACAUUGAAUGGAGAUUUUUGUAACUUACAUGAUGUACAAGGCUAUCCCUCACUGAACUUAUAUAAAAAUGGGGCUAAAAUAGAUAGUUAUCUUAGGGCCAGAGAUUUUGACACUUUAUCUGAAUAUAUAAAGAAAAAAGCUGAGGAAGAAUAUGAACCAAAAACUAAUGAUAAUACCGAUAUAUUGAUUGUACCUGAAGAGGAUGAGAUUAAUGAAGAGCUUAUACCACCAAAUCCAUCCGGAACUGUUGUAUCUUUAACUAGCAAUAAUUUCGACGAAUUAACAAAAUCUGGUCCAUGGUUUGUGAAGUUUUUUGCUCCAUGGUGUGGUCAUUGUAAAAACUUAGCUCCAACCUGGGAAGAAUUAGGUCAUAAAUUACAGAAUAAAGUUAAUGUUGGCAAAGUGGAUUGUACCGUUGAGAAAGAUAUUUGCUCUAGAUUUAAAAUUCAAGGUUACCCAACUUUGAAACUUAUAAAAGAUGCCGAUGAUAUCACUGAUUACAAGGGAUCUCGACAAUUGCAAAGUCUUCAGGAGUUUGCUGAGCAAGCUGCAUCUGCUCGUUUGGUAGAAGUAAACUUGGAUGAAUUUGAUAAAGCCAAGAAGAUCGAUGAUGUAUUCUUUAUUUAUCUUUACGAUGAAAAUACACCUUCCAAGAAUUUAGAUAUUAUGAAAGGAUUAUCUCGUUCUUUCUUUUCGAUUAAAUUCUAUUCCAGCAAAGAUCCUAAACUUGCUUCCUCAUUAAAGGUUUAUAUACUUCCAGCAUUAGUAGUCAUAAAAGACGAUCUCCAAAAAAGCUACCAAACCACAAAUUCUGUCGAUCCGUUCGAUGAUCUUACAUCUUUAAGAAAUUGGGUUCAAUCUGAAAAAUAUCCCUUAGUACCAGCUAUAGAUUCUGAAAAUUAUGAAGAUAUAUUAGGAGGUGAUAGAUUGGUUGUUUUAGGAGUAUUGAGACCAACUGAUGUUAGACCUUUCAUUAAGGCCAAGAAUUCAUUAAAAGCUAUUGCAAGACUUUAUCAUCAACAAACUAAAAAACGUGGAGGUUCUGAAGACAAUCGAGGUGUGAUAUUUGCGUGGUUGGAUGGUGACAAAUGGGAAAAUUAUAUUUAUAGUGUUUAUGGAUUAAAUCGAAAAGAUUUGCCAACUGUGGUAAUUUCUGAUCCUUUGUCAAGUGAAUAUUUUGAUACCUCAAAAAGUGGUGAAAAGCUCACAUUGAGUCAUCAAACACGACUGCUCGAAUCAAUUAACGAUGCAAAACUUGGAUAUCUUGAAGGAAAGAGCACUAUUGGAUACACGGAGAAGAUGUUUAGAGGUAUAUUUUCAAUGGGCGCCAACGUGCAGAAAUCAUUAUUUGAUCAUCCGUUCAUUUCCUUGAUAAUCUUUGCAUUGAUAUUUGGUGUAUUUUGGAGGACUUGUUUAAUGUCUCAAACGCGAGAUGGGCGUUGGCGAGAUUUUGAACGGGGCGUAGCAGGAAAGUAG